AUGGCCGCCACUACGCUCCUCGCCAUCGCCCUACUCCACACGGCCUCCGCCUCGCUCUCGAUCCGCGCGCGCUACCGCGGCGCGGACUUCCUGGAACACUUCGACUUCUUUUCCGCCGACGACCCGACGCACGGCUGGGUCGACUACCUUGACCGCGGCGACGCCAUGGCGGCGGGCCUCGUCGACGUCGCGGACGACGGCACCUUCUUCAUGGGCGCGGGACGACCGAAGACCGCGUCCGCGCGGCUGCCGUCCGUGCGCAUCGAGGGCCGGCACAGCAUCGCCGGCGGCCUCACGGUCCUCGACAUCGAGGCCAUGCCCGUGGGCUGCGGCGCGUGGCCCGCGUUCUGGAUGUGCAACCAGACGGAUCCGGCCACCGCGGGCACGCCCGCCGCGUGGCCGGCGGGCGGCGAGAUCGACGUCCUCGAGGGCGUCCACCUGAGCCGGGUCUCCGCGACGACGCUCCACGCGGGGCCGGGCUGCAGCCGCAAGUUCAAGAGCGCCUACGCGGCGCCGCCCUACGCGGGCAACGAGACGUGGAACGGCGACUGCAACGCCGGCACGGGCUGCGGCAUCGUCGGCGCCGAGGGCGGCAUGGGCGCGGGCUUCAACGACCUCGGCGGCGGCCUGCCCGACUUCUCGCGCGACGAAAUCGACACGGCGGACUGGCGCCUGCCCGUGGCCCACUUCUCCCUGGCCGACGACACGGGCUGCGGCGACGCCUUCAAAAACCAGAAGAUCAUCUUCAACCUGGCGUUCUGCGGCGACUGGGCGGGCAACGUCUGGGGCGCGUCGACCUGCGCGGACCGCGCGGCGACGUGCGAGGCGUUCCUCGAGUCCCAGUUCGACAACGACGACUACUUCGCGCACCUCCACUUCGCCGUGAACGAGGUGUCCAUCUUCCAGACCGACGCCCAGUUCCGCGACUCGCGCUACGCGCCGCCCCGGCCCGCGAACGCGUCCCACGCGCCUUAA